AUGCGGCCGGACGAUACGGCGUCCUACCUACUGUCACUUCUUUCCUGGGUCCUUCGUCUCGCUUCGUGUUGUUCUGUGAGCUCUGUACGCAACACAGUUGCGAGCUUCACGCGGCUUCAAGCAACCUCGGAAUUCUUUGGUACCUCGUACGGCUCAGGCAUCAUGGGUAGCAGAUCAGCGUCAGGGUCGCUGGGCGGCAUAUCGAUGAAACAUAUUUCUUUGGUCACACUCACCUUUCAGAAUUCGGCCCUCAUUCUGAUCAUGCACUACUCGCGCGUCAUGCCCGUCGUUGGUGGGCAGAGAUACCACACAAGCACAAGCGUCUUCUUAAAUGAAGUCAUAAAGCUGGCAAUAAGCUUGACCAUGGCUCUCUAUGAUCUGUCCAAAAGCCUACCAUCGAACACGACCGUCGCGACCCUCUUCCAUGCCCUAACAACCGCCAUGUUCACGAACGAGAGCUGGAAGCUUGCGAUACCGGCCUUGCUCUACACCUUGCAGAACACACUGCAGUACAUAGCAGUCAGCAAUUUAGAUGCGGCGUCGUUCCAAGUCACAUACCAGCUUAAGAUCCUGACCACGGCCAUGUUCAGUGUCCUGAUGCUGGGCAGGAGUUUGUCAUCGCGCAAGUGGCUGUCUCUACUCGUAUUAGUGAUUGGCGUGUCAAUCGUUCAGCUACCAGGAUAUACCGCCGAGCCUGCAACAAUGGAGUCGCUGCGAGAUCCUGAUUCCAAAACCUGGCCGCGAUCGCUAGAAGAGCUACGAGAUCUUGGCAGCCAUGCUGUUGUACGCUUAACGACGCGAUCUGGGUCAUACGAGGGCAUCAAGGAAGAUCGCGGCAUGGUCUCCCCGGAAAUGAACAGCUCUGUCGGCCUGGCUGCAGUCUUGGUAGCUUGUGCCCUGUCUGGCCUUGCAGGUGUUUCAUUCGAGAAAACCUUGAAAGAGUCGAGUACCAAGAACACAUCGUUGUGGGUGCGCAACUGUCAGCUGUCAUUCUGGUCGUUGUUCCCUGCGCUGUUUCUGGGCGUCUUAUGGAAAGACGGCGAGAUCAUUGCAAAGACUGGCUUCUUCGCAGGAUAUAAUUGGGUGGUGUGGGCAGCCAUCAUAUUCCAAGCUAUGGGCGGCGUCAUCGUUGCACUUGUCAUCAACUACGCGGACAACAUUGCCAAGAACUUUGCUACGAGCAUUUCUAUCAUCAUCAGCUGCGUUGUAAGCGUAGCUUUGUUCGACUUCAGGGUUACCCGGUCGUUCUUUAUCGGUACUUUGGUCGUACUCUUCGCAACGUACUUAUAUACCAAGCCAGAGCGCAGUCCUCGACAAGGGCCAGUAAAGAUAGCUAGUUUUGAGAAGACUACAGUAGAUCAUAGGCCGUCUUCCUUCGGCAACGAGCACGCCGACACAAGAGUAAGGGCUGAUAGCACCUCAAGGCUUGCUACACCCUCUACAGGUGGGCAAUCUACAAAGCGGAAUGCUUGA